ACUGUGGAGAAGCUGUUGGAUAGCAUUUUGCCUUGACCAUGGCAAAAAUCAUUUUGAGGCACCUGAUAGAGACUCCGGUGAGGUACCAGGAGGAGUUUGAAGCCCGAGGUUUAGAAGACUGCAGACUGGAUCAUGCUUUAUAUGCACUGCCAGGUCCAACUGUCGUGGACUUGAGCAAAACCAGAGCCGCGCGGCAGGCUCUUCGCCUUGACUCAGCCACCCAGGAGAUGCCACCCCAGGAAGGCAAAGCCCGAUUCCAGAUCCUAGUGGACGUGGUCCAGUUCCUGCCCGAAGAUAUCAUCAUCCAGACCUUUGAGGGCUGGCUGCUGAUCAAAGCACAGCAUGGAACCAGAAUGGACGAGCACGGCUUCAUCUCACGCACCUUCACCCGACAGUACAAACUGCCCGACGGCGUCGAAACUAAGGAUUUAUCCGCCAUCCUCUGCCAUGAUGGAAUUUUGGUGGUGGAAGUAAAGGAUUCGUUUGGGACUAAGUGAAACCUUUAUUGCUUCCCGUGUAUGGGACAAGAUGAAGAUCGCAGGCCACAGUCCAGCUAAUGGUUAUCACCGGGAUGUUGUUGCAGCUCUCCCAUGUUUGAAACGAUUUGCUGUG